GCGCGCGCGCGGCAGCAGUUACACUGCGGCGGGCUUCUGUUUGGGUGUCUGAACCGUUGUACUUCACCGGUCUACCUCGUUAUCAUGUCGGGCCGCGGUAAGACUGGCGGCAAGGCCCGCGCCAAGGCCAAGUCGCGCUCGUCGCGCGCCGGCCUCCAGUUCCCAGUGGGCCGUGUACACCGGCUGCUGCGGAAGGGCCACUACGCCGAGCGCGUUGGCGCCGGCGCGCCCGUGUACCUGGCGGCAGUGCUGGAGUACCUCACCGCUGAGAUCCUGGAGCUGGCGGGCAAUGCGGCCCGCGACAACAAGAAGACGCGAAUCAUCCCCCGCCACCUGCAGCUGGCCAUCCGCAACGACGAGGAGCUCAACAAGCUGCUGGGCGGCGUGACGAUCGCCCAGGGAGGCGUCCUGCCCAACAUCCAGGCCGUGCUGUUGCCCAAGAAGACCAGCGCCACCGUGGGGCCGAAGGCGCCCUCGGGCGGCAAGAAGGCCACCCAGGCCUCCCAGGAGUACUAAGAGGGCCCGCGCCGCGGCCGGCCGCCAGGCCUCCCCAUGCCACCACAAAGGCCCUUUUAAGGGCCACCACCGCCCUCAUGGAAAGAGCUGAGCCACUUCAGACUGCGGGGCAAGCGGGCCGCGGCUCCCGGCUCCUUUCCCCUCCCAGCGCCCGCCUUUGCCGCCCGGCCUCGAGUCCCCGCCCGCCCCCCUCCUGGCCUGCACCGCCUGCCGCGUCGGCCUCGGGCCCUGCCCCAUCCGCCGGCCGCCCUCCGGUAGGGCUCGGGCCCUCUGGACGCGGCUUGGGCACUCUUCGGGGACCACCGUGGCGCGGAGGACCCGAGCCUGCCGGGGGGAGGCCGGCGGCGCCGCACCUGCCCGCCUCGGCGCUCGUGACUCAGCCAGCUGCCCCAUCCUGAGUCGCUAAGGGGCUGCGGGGAGGCCGCAGCACCUUCUGGAAGACUUGGCCUUCCGCUCUGACGCAGGGCCGAGGUGGGCAGUCCAGGCCGAGAGGCCGGCGGCCCUGAAGGUCUGCGCUGAGGCCGGGACGAAGCACUUGGUAACAGGCACAUCUUCCUCCCGAGUGACUGCCUCCUACGAGGACAUUUAGGGGAGGGCAGAGGCCUGCAGUUUGGCUUCACGGCUGGCUAUGUGGACAGCAAGAGUCGUUUUCGCGGAAGCCGACUGGCAGCCAAGCCUGUCGGGCCUCCCCAUUUCCCUUCCAGCAAACUCAACUCGGCAAUCCAAGCACCUAGAUACCAGCACAAGUCGGUUAAUCCCUGUCUGGACUGAGCCUCCGUUGGCUUCCGAACUGGAAUUUUGCAGCUAACCCUUCCAAGACUAGAACCUUAGGCAUUGGGGAGUUUUAGAUGAACUAAUUUUAUUAAAGGAUUGUUUUUCUAAAAA